AGCGGGGUUGACAAUGCUCUCCUCAAACAAAUUUGAAACCUUCUCUCCUACCGAUAUCAUACAUCAUCAUCACCUAUCAUAUCACUCAAUUCACAGCGAAUCAUUCUUCUCUUCUUUUCGGUGGGAAUUGUAAAGAAGGAGAAUUAGGGAAUGGCUCAACCUGCUAGAGAAGGAAUACCCGUUCCAAAAGGAGAUCAAAGUAGAAAUGUUGAAAGUGUAAAUAACAAUAAUCGAAGGACAGGCGCCCUAGCCACACCUUCAGGCAGAGGAAGUAUAAAUCAUCAAGCAAGACGACCAAGCGUUCGUGAAACAACACAAGCACCAUGGAGAAGUAGUUUGGAUUUGGUUUGGUCUUAUUCUCGUUCACAAGCAUUUUAUGGUGAUAAUAUUUCAACUUCUCCUUCUUUUGUCGAUCGUCAUUGGGCAGGUCCAUCAAAUGUGAAUGGUGGAAUUGACUCUUCGAUGGAUGAAGCGAGUAUAGAUGAAGAAGAGGAGCUGGACGAAUCUGAUUAUAGUGACGAGGAUGAAGAGGGCUAUGACGAUGAGUACAGACGAUCACGAUAUGACGACGUUGUAGCAGCAAGCCCAGCAGGUCCGAUGGAAUGGCAAGACGAACAACUUCCGCCAAAUGCAGUUGGUCGACAACAAGAUCUGAGCAUGCUAGGCAGAAGGGUACGGAGAGGCUCCCGAGAAAGCUCACCUGGAAGACGGGGAAUAAAAAGGACCUCAGAAAGGAAACCACAAACGAAUACUCGAACCACGAACAGAAAUAUCAAACGAAUAACUGACGAUAGCAAUGAAGAAGAUGAACGAAGUCGCAGUAGAAGUAGAAGUCCUAAGCGUGUUGGUGUGAGCAGGCCUGGAUCUUCACAUUUGCGCUUUUCAUCAUCCAACAAGCCUGACAGCGACGGGCAAGAACAAGGAUCGCUUCCUAUCCUCCGCUCUAUUCGCUCGAACAUGAACAAAAGGAAUCUCGAUUCAACUGCAAAUGAGCGAUCCUCUCUGCUACGAAAAGAUUCGAAACGUUAUCUCUCAGUUGAUGAUGAUGAUGAGCUGGAAGAAGCGCAAGGCUUGCAAAGACCACCUUUUCUCAAAACACCUUCCUGGUUCCGCAAUUCUGGUGUGAGCGCUACAUCGGGCAAGUAUCGCAUGCAAGGCUAUGGAUCGAGCACAUUCUGGCAAAGUUGGUUCAAUACAGUAAAUGCGCUGAUUGGGAUUGGUAUUUUGGCACUUCCACUAGCAAUAAGCUAUGCUGGCUUGAUCCCUGGGAUUAUCCUUUUUAUCUUGAGUGGAUUGGUCACAAAUUAUACCGGAAAGGUAUUGGCUCACAUCAUGUCUGCCGAACCAUCACUACGAACAUAUGCUGAUAUCGGAAACUUUGCUUUUGGAUCGCGAGCUCGAAUUCUUGUAAGCUUUUUCUUCUGCUUGGAGCUUUGGGCAGUUUCAACAGCUUUGGUCAUCUUGUUUGGCGACAGCUUGCAUGCUUUGGUACUCUCAACUAGCAAAGAAGGAAAUCCAUCAAAUUUUAUCUCCGAGUUAGCAACAUGGUCACCAGCGGCAUACAAAGCAAUCGGAGUUCUGAUCGUUUUGCCAACGAUGUUUUUGCCCUUGCGAUUCCUGAGCCCGAUCUCAGUUGUGGGGAUCGUUAGCGUUGUGACGCUCUUUGUUGUCGUCCUCUCAGAUGGUCUGAUCAAGAAGACAUCCCCAGGAUCAUUAUUGCAGCCAAUGCCAAUUGAUCUCGGACCUCAAUGGAUGCGUUUCCCACUCAGUUUUGGCCUUAUUAUGAGCGGCUUUAGUAGUCAUCCAAUCAUUCCGAGCUUGUUCAAGGACAUGCGAAAUCCCAGACAAUUUUGCCAAAUGUUGGAUUGGGCAUACAUUGCUGCAACUUUGAUCUAUCUUGGAAUGGGAUUGAUUGGAUAUUUGAUGUUCGGCAGAAUGGUAUCCGAUGAAAUCACAAGGGAUUUGUCUCAAACUGAUGGUUAUCCACGCAUUUUGAACAAGGUUGCAAUCUGGCUUAUCAUCAUCAACCCGUUAUCCAAAUUUGCCUUGGCAGCAAGACCGCUGGUGACCACAGUUGAAUUAGUCUUGGGUGUUGAGCAGUCUCAAGUACCCAAUCCUGCAUCAAGCUCUCCAAAGAUUACUCCGUCCGCUACAGUUGAUGUCACUUCACCGGGAGAUGCAACACCGACGACAAGAGUGGAAACCACGCCUACAAAACACAACGGCGCUGUCGAAUCCGAGAAUUUGGAUGAGCAGCAGGACAAUGCGCAGAAUGCGGCUGGUGCACAUGAAGAAAGUCCAUUGAUGGGCUCUACGAUCACCUUGCGAGCAGCACAAAGAACGGCGAAUUGGUCAAAAUCGACGCGAUUAGGAACACGAAUUGGAGUUCAAGUUCUCAUCACAGUGGCAAUUGGGACAACAGCGAUUGUUCUUCCCGGGUUUGAGAAAGUGAUGGCAUUCUUGGGUGCAUUUUUGGCAUGUGUGACGUGCAUUUUUGGACCUCUUUUGGCUAAAUUACGUUUAUUCCGUCAUGAAAUGUCAAAGAAACAAAUCAUGCUCGAUUUUACCAUUUUGAUCAUCACCUUUUUCGUUGCAAGUUUUGGUACGGCAUGGUCUUUUAUCCCUAUCAAACAUUGAUACGUACUAUCUAGAUAUUCUUUACCUUGUUAUGAUGUAUUCAAUUGUACAAUAAUUCACGAAAACAUGAAAUUAUAAUGACUAUCACGCUU